AUGUAUGAGUUUCAUGAUCCAGACCCAUCGUCUGCCACGUCUACAUCCGGUGAGAAUUUCAUUAUGGUUGACUUGACUAACGCGAGUCAGAAUUUAUUGGAACAGACCUUCUGGGCUUAUGGCUGUGGUCGGUGCAAGCAACGCUUUCCCAACAUGCUGGCAUUGGAGGAGCACAAGAACACAUUGCACGGUGGAUCUGGUCUGAUCGACUCUACGGUUACCGAACAAUUCCAAUUGGACGAGCUGUUGCCGCAUCCCUAUACUGAGUCUGUCUCGGCUGUUUCGACCACGUCAGGACAUGUGAAUGUUACACCACGGGCGGAAAAUACCCACAUCCCUUACGAUUACCACAUCGCACAACACACAACCCCAAAUCCAUGUUCUCAAAACUCACCCAGUGAUAUCCAACCCGAUGUGGAUAGCUCAAACCUUUCCAUUCCCGAUCCAGUACCAAAGCAUUGUCCUGAAUGCUUCAAGGAAUUCAGCUCUCGAUCUGCAUUGGCUACUCACGUGCGUAGUGGCGUUUGCAAUCCUGUACGAUUUCUGAGUCGUUAUGUAGACAUGUCCAGAUCCACCCGCACCAGCGGACGAUUGAGGGCAAGGAUGAUUUUGGCUACCAAUCGCGAGUUCCUCAGUUGUGUGGUCUGUGGCGAACGAUUUUCUACACGACGCGCAUGGAGUGCGCACCAUGUUAAGCACCGCCGUCCAACAGACAAACGCUAUCCAUGCGAGUUGUGCGCCAGUGUGCACGUGGAGCGAGCUUAUAGAACAUUCGAACAACUUCGACGACACAUUCGUCAAGUACACACGGAUCAGGUUUUCCCCUGCCCGUAUUGUGACUGUACAUUUGGUCGACGGAAAAAUCUGAACAGUCAUCUCACACGACACACAGGUCGUCGGGACUUUGUCUGCCCGUAUGACGGUUGUCACAAAGCUUAUAGCCGAAAGGACAAAUUACAAAGUCACGUGAAGACGCAUUUGGAUGCGGGCUCGGUACGUGAUUUGGAAGCUUGUCGACUUUUCCGUGAUAAUUCAGACUACACUGGUGCCUCAUGUUUUGAUUCCGUUUGA